AUGUCUAGCCCAGAUCCUGCCGCCAUAGAGAGGAUUCACGAUGGCCCUCUCGAAGAAAAGGCUAUAAGGAGCUUCCUCCUCCCGUGGUCACACCCUACAGCGACCGAUGACACCGUGCGGGCUGCGGUGACGAGUGCUCUAGACACGGCUGACUGGGUGGGCCUGGACUACCUUGACAAGACCGGAAACAACGGUUUGCAAGGAAAUCCCCUGGCCGCGGAGCUUAUGUCGGAUUACGACAGGGCCAUCGACGUAGGGAAAUCCUUGGCUUCAGAAUUCGAGAUUGAUCGUGCAGACUGGAGGAACAGUUCUCGGUGGUGCCACGAAGCAAUCAGAAACAACAUCGGGUACUUGCGUAAACAUAUGAAGCUUGAUAAGGAUUUCUUGAUUUUGACCGCCGAGAAUACACGCAUUGAAUCGAAGGCAGUGUAUGCCAAUUUCCUAGUGCAUUAUCCAGAUGUUCUGGGAGACGCCUUGUUGGCUAAGCGUCAUCACUGCCCCCUAAACCGCCAGCACCAGCCCCUCGACCGUCAGCACCAGCCCCAGGAAGAGGCAACAGAGGCAGAAGAGGAGGUGGAGGCGGAAGAGGAGGUGGUCGCGGGGGAGGAACUACACGCGGUUCAGAUCCAACUACGAGAAGAGAACCAAGAGUUCCGCGAGGAUGUCGACAACCACGACGACCAUAACAGUGACUGGACUGACGAAGAGAAUGAGCCGCUUGACAGCGACGACGAAGGGCCGGAGCCGUGGGAUCAGUGGGAAAUUGAUAGUCGACAGGAGAGGAGACGACAGCUAGAAGGUCGCACGGCGCAUUUGAUUCUACAGAUACGAGAUAUAUGCAGGGAGGAAUCCCUCAUAGGGACUGGAGCCACGGCAAACAUGACCACGCCUCCGAUGCAUCCUCCGAGUCCCAAACGCCCGGGAGCGGUCAGAACGCCAGAGUACGCCGCCAACAAGCGACGUAAGCAUCCCACCCGAGCGAGUCUUACCUUGCCUUGGCCAGCCGGGGACUCCGAUGACGACGAUGUCGAUCCAAUAACAUACGCAUGA